AUGUUCCAAUCAUUGCUUUCUAAAAACUUGUUGGACGAUUUACUCUUAUUAAUUGAGAAUUUAUAUUUAAAAUGUAAAAAUAUUAAGAGAAUUUACAUGUGUGGAUGCUUUUCAAUUGAGGAAUCCAAAGAGAUGACAAUAUUCACAACUAAAUUGAUUAACCUUCACAGAAAAUACUCAAAAGAAAGUGAUAGCUGCUACAUUGAUGUUAGCCCUCAUUUUCUGCCCUCCGUCUUAUCGAAUGAGGCCACCGAAUACUUGUCAUAUAAUUUGGCUGUCAUAGAGUUGCAAAACGAAUGUCCAGAUGUUCAAGUAGUAGACUGGUAUGAUUUAUUGUUUAAUCCCAUCGAAACGGAUUUGGAAUUUCUUGAGAGAAUCAAAUCUGUCGACUCUGUAAAUAUUCCACAUGUGAACAUAAGGGGGUGGUCUCUCCUACACAGCGCAAUUUUGAAUGGCUAUUAUAGAAGCGUUCAAUAUUUGCUCAGUUUACCGCACGUAAAUGUAGACCUUUGUAGUAAUGCUAGUUUCUCCAAUGAUGAAACUUUGAAGGUGCCAUCACCAGAAGACGAAGAUGAGUCUCCAAAAAUACACAAAUCUAUUCCUUCUCUUGAAUUUAGGUUAAAAUACAAAGGUACUCCACUUUUCUUUGCAAUGUAUAGAUACGCAACUAGUGACAAAUCAACUAGCGGAAACAAAGAUCGGGAGGUUAUGGACAUGCUCUUACAUAGAGGAGCUUCAUUUAAUAUUACUGAUAAUUACAGAAGGUCAUUCUUGUUGAUAGCCAUUAGUUACAACUUUCCUCUAACAUUUAUUAACUACAUUUUGGAUAAUUGCAAUCAGAUAUUGAUGUGUGACUCAAAACUCAACAAUGUGUUGCACCAGCUAUUCUUCUCACCUGCUCUCAUCAAAGACAUAUUCAAAACUAGGAAAUUAAUGGAAACAAUAUUUUCGUUGGCUCCUUCACUAUUUUACCAAUGUAACUCAACUAACCAUUUACCAAUUCAAAUACCGUUUGUAUUUAACAACUUUAAGAACUUUUUAAGCAAAGAAUGUGGAGUCGAGCUUGUUAGUGCAAUAGGUCAUUUCAUAGAAUGUACAAAGAAGUAUGGAGGAAGUGAUAUGGCCAAUUCCUUCGUUUCAAUGGCCAUUAGUGAUUGCCUGAAAAUUAUCAACGAUGGAAAACUCUCAAAAAAGAAAACUCUUGUUGUGAUUAACAAGAUAUUUAUUGAGUUAUUAGGCAUGAAAAUCAAGGUCAAUGACAUUGAUCCUGGCGAUGUAAAUGCUAUAAGGAAUGAGUUCAUGAGACUUGAUCAGGAUAAAGGUGUGAAUAUUUUGCACAGAAUGAAGAAGGCAGACUGUGUGAAAGCCUUCUUCAAAUUCCUUCAAUUAGAAAAGCUAUCCUAUUAUUUUUAUAUUAACACUCCAGAUGCAAACGGAGACACACUAUUGCAUCACUUAAUAGCGGAAAGUGAGUCCGAAUUACAGAUUGGAAACGAGAGCGAUAGAAUUGUUGAGGAGCUGCAAGGAGAUGUUACCUAUAGAAACAAAGUGGGAGAGACGCCACUGUCACUUGCCGCAAAGAGAGGCUAUUAUUCUUGUGUACAUUUCAUGCUUUCAAAUCAACAGACAAGCCAUGAUUCUGAGAAGCAAAUUAUUGACCACAAUGAUAACAUUUUGUGUAUUUUGAGAAAUUCCAGAAAUGAAACAUCAAAAGACAAGCGUCCAUGCUACUCCAUCACCUCAUGCAUCAAGCUUAUUCAAACACAAAAUGAAAUGCUUAUUCAAAACCUGAGACAUCCUAAUGCCAAAGACUAUGACUACAUUUAUGAUGAUAUGUUGAAAGGAGACAGCUAUUCAGAUGAAACAAGCAGCAGCACUUCGAGCAGUCGAACCUCGUCACAAUUAAGUCUUAUGGACAUGAUCAAAUUAAGUAAGGAAAAAAAAGAAAGCAAAAAGCAAGCCCAAAAGGCUGCCAAAAGAAAGAAAAAGAAAGAUGCUAAACAAAAAGAUUUUGUAAUAAUUUUGUAA